AUGCCUUCCACUCAUUCGCCGAACGCCUUUGUCCGCCGAAAAAAUGUCGUCUCGGCCGUUGUGGUCUUCCUUGUUCUAUGGCUCCUGUGGCGCUGGUCAUCGACUGCCCCGCUCAUUGACCCAUCCUACGGACGAUUGGACGAAGUUUCCGAAUCAUCAAGAUUCGCGAUUGCUACGUUUCUGAGCGAGAACCCGAGCACGGACCCGCAAGACCCAGAGGGCACGGAUUACUACUACGCCGCCACCCGGGUCCUGACUUAUCAACUGCUCCACGCCGAGUCGACCCGCAUCCGGAGCUCCUCGAUAGACUUCAUCGUCCUGGUCACCAACGAAGUCGCCCAGUACAAAGUCGACCAGCUCACCCAAGAUGGCGCCACCGUCAUCCGCGCCGAGGACAUCGCGCUCAGCUGGUGGAUCUCCACCGGCGUCGAGCGCUGGAAAGACCAAUUCACCAAGCUGCGCCUGCUCGAGAUGACGCAAUACGCCCGCGUGCUCUUCAUGGACGCCGACACGCUCCUCACCGCGCCCGUCGACGCCAUCUUCGGCGAGCGCACCAGCGUCCUCUACACGGCCCACACGAAGCUCGACCUGCUCUCCCAGAUCCCGGCCGACGAGGCGCCCCUGCCGGCCCGCUACGUCUUCUGCGCCCGCUCCGACAACGCCUUCGCCGGCGAGCGCGCCCACCCCUACCCGCCGCCGCGCACCGACCGCUUCAGCGCCGGCUUCUGGGUCGCCGCGCCCUCGCCCGAGCUCUUCCAGCUGCUGCUGCGCGUCACCCGGCGCUACCGCCGCUUCGACCCGCACACCAUGGAGCAGAGCCUGCUCAACUACGUCUUCCGCACCUCGGGCGCCAUGCCCUGGUGCGAGCUCGACCCCCGCUGGAGCGCCACCUGGCCGAGCGAGAAGGACCUGGAUGCCGGCGUCGUGACGUUGCAUGAGAAGUUCGGCAUGGAGGGCCCCCCGCAGCGGCUGAGGAUGAUGUGGUAUGGCGUGUUGCAGGAGAUGCGGGAUUUUUAUGAUAGAGAUCGUUGA